ACUCACACGAAGAAGUAAACGGAAGUGAACAGUUAUGAAAAAACAAUUUCCACGUUAUCGUUUUUAUUGUUGUUAUUUAGACGUGUAUUAACACACAUGAACUCAAAAUAUGACUCAUUUAAAUGCAUCACAUCACACCCCAUGUCGUGUUUAAUUCCCGUUGGAGACAGGACUUGGUUGAAAGCUGUUAUCUAGGUAACGCUAGCUAGCUAGCUGCUAACGUUAGCAAAAAAUGGCUAACUGUAUGGUUUUUCACACUCAAAUAGCCUCCAUCAUGGAGGUGCUAGCGAAUGCCGCCGUGGCAGAGAUCUGUAAACUCGUAGACGACGACUAUGCCGUGUUUCGUUUGGAAAUAAAUCAAAGCCAGAAAGAAAACAGGGCUCUGCGGAGGAAACUACUAGAAGUGAAGGUUGCACGGGAGCGCGCAGAGAGGACAAUGCGAGAGCGCGUCCUCGCCAGUCGUCCCAGUAGUGUUAAGAUCCUUGACCGAUACAGAGGAAUGGCAAGAGGUGAAGGACAUCUCACUGGAGGCCACAGAAGCUUUCUGAAGCCAGCGGAACACAAUACAUGGAGAGAUGACCAACCAAUCACUGUUGAUGAGGGGAGUGGAACCACAUCCCAGAAUUCUAUGGUGAUAGAGUCUGCAGAUGCAGAGGCUGCAGGUCCUGGGGUCAAGCAGGAGAGGUCUGUAGGAGACCCACGGAACAUCAGAGACAUUCAGUCUGGAGCGCCCUCUGCAGCCACGGAGGACCCCACCAACCAAGCGCAGCCCAGGACCGGACGCAGCAUCACGGAGGAGAAGGAGGGUCCAGAGGUGCUGCUGGUGAAGGAGGAGGGGUGUGAGGAGGGUCUGGGGAACCCUGAGGGGACCAUGAUCAUGGAGGACAACCAGACUACACCUUCUCCUGAACCCACUGAGCAGCACAGAACCACACACAGUCUCACUGAGUCAGUAGACAUGGAGGAUGGGAAGCCUGAUCUGCUGAUAGUCAAAGAGGAGACAAUAGAAGAUGAACCAGAGAGCAUUGACCUGCUGAGUGGACUAAAGAUGGGGGAGCAAGGUGGUUGGCUGGAGGCUAACAGGGGAGACUGGGUGGCCAUCUUGGAUUCCCAGAACCAGACGGGGGCAAACAAGGGCCCAGGGGACAUCACUGAGAAGGCCAGGACCAGAGGUGACAUAGUGGAGUCUGCAGUCCACGAAGACCUGCUGAUAUCAGGUGUUGCUGGCGGAAGAGACUGGACCUCUGAGGCGGCUGGUCACAAACCUUGGCCUCGAAUCAGGACAGUCGAUCAAGAGCCGUCACUCUUCCUUCCCGAGUCGGAACCAGGACCCAACCGUGAGGGACAGAGACUCCACCAACACCACUAUACAGAACACAACCAGUGGACAGGGGGACUGAACAACCUCAGUCCUGGUGGUCAUCAGAGAGACAGAGGCUCCAGUCAGGGAUCUAGUCUGCAGCCCAGACCCUUCUCUUCACAUUCUCAGUGCAGGGAUGGAGCAGGGCCUGGGGCUGAUAGAGAUAGACCCUCCUGUUCCUAUGAUACAAACACCGCAGUAUCCAUGAUGAACAGAGCAGGUCACCCUGGGCUUCAGCCUUCAAAGAGGGUGGUGGGCGACCCUCCUGGUGGUAGUCUUUCAGGAAGUCUGUCUUCUUCAGGGUCUCGUCUAAUGCCUAGUGACUGGGUUCAUAGAAAGCCUGGACCUGGGUCUAGCCUUCCUCAGUUACCUCAUGGUUACCCCACCAACACAGACAGGGUCAGGAUGGGCGUUCCCCAUGAGAUGUACCUUGCUUAUAACACAGCACACAAUCCCAACAACACCCAAACAAUGGCUAGAGGUCAAGGGGGGAGCUCAAAGACUAACCACCUGAGGGCGGUGGCUCCUGCUUCUACCUCCUCUGGUGUCAUCGGGUCACAACGUGGGAGGCUGAGCAUUAGGACGGACGCAGACAAGCCAUACGCCUGCCCCACGUGUGGGAAGCGCUUUACUGAGGCAAACUAUGUGAAGAAGCACCAGACAGUUCACACCAAGGAGAGGCCCUUCAAGUGCAAACUAUGUCACAAGAGCUUCUCCUUCCUGACUAACCUUACCAGACAUAGGAGUGUUCACAAAGGGGAGAAAUCAUAGCAGUGUGGCUUGAGUUUUACGCAGGGGAUAUCUGGGAACCAUUCUUUAGCUGCCAAACACUACAUGGCCAAAAGUAUGUGGACACCUGCUCGUCUACACAUCUCAUUCCAAAAUCAUGGGCAUUUACAUGGUCUCCCCUUUGCUGUUAUAACAUCUUACACUCUUCUAGUAAGGCUUUCCACUAGAUGUUGGAACAUUGCUGCGGGGACUUGCUUCUAUUCAGCUACAAGAGCAUUAGUGAGGUCGGGCACUGUUGUUAAGCGAUUAGGCCUGGCUCGCAGUCGGCGUUCCAAUUCAUCCCAAAGGUGUUCGAUGGGGUUGAGGUCGGGGCUCUGUGCAGGCCAGUCAAAUUCUUCCACACCGAUCUCAACAAACCAUUUGUGUAUGUACCUCACUUUGUGCACGGGGGCAUUGUCAUGCUGAGACAGGAAACGGCCUUACCCAAACUGUUGCCACAAACUUGGACACACAUAAUCUUCUAGAAUGUUAUUGUAUGAUGUAGCGUUAACAUUUCCCUUCACUGGAACUAAGGGCCUAGCCCAAAUAAUGAAAAACAGUUCCAAACCAUUAUUCACCCUCCACCAAACUUUACAGUUGGCGCUAUGCAUUCGGGCAGGUAGCGUUCUUGUGGCAUCCGCCAAACCCAGAUUUGUCCAUUGGACUGCCAGAUGGUGAAGUUGUUCUUCCAGAUGGUGAAGCGUGAUUCAUCACUCCAGAGAAUGCGUUUCCACUACUCCAGUGUCCAAUACCGGCGAGCUUUACUCCACUCCAGCUGAUGCUUGGCAUUGCGCAUGCUGAUCUUAGGCUUGUGUGCGGCUGCUUGGCCAUGGAAACCCAUUUCAUGAAGCUCCCGACGAACAGUUCUUGUGUUGACGUUGCUUUCAGAGGCAGUUUGGAACUGGGUAGUGAGUGUUGCAACCGAGGACAAACAAUCUUUACAUGCUACGUUCUUCAGCACUCGGCGGUCCGGUUCUGUUAGCUUGUGUGGCCUACCACUUCACGGCUGAGCCGUUGUUGCUCCUAGACGUUUCGACUUCAUAAUAACAGCUAUUACAGUUGACCAGGGCAGCUCUAGCAGGGCAGAAAUUUGACAAACUGACUUGUUGGAAAGGUGGCAUCCUAUGACGGUGCCACGUUGAAAGUCACUAAGCUCUUCAAUAAGGCCAUUUCACUGACAGUGUUUGUCUGUGGAGAUUGCAUGUCGGUGUGCUCAAUGUUAUACACCUGUCAGCAACAGGUGUGGCUGAAAAAGCCGAAUCCACUAAUUUGAAGGGUGUCCACAUACCUAUGUAUAUAUGUGUAUGUUACAAGAGCUUCUCCUUCCUGAGUAUCCUUAUUAGACAGUGGGAAGGUCCACAAUAGGGAGAAAUCAUAGCAGUGUGGCUUGAGAUUUAUUGGUAUUUUAUUAGGAUCGCCAUUAACUGUUGCAAAUGCAUCAGGUUCUCUUCCUGGGGUCCACACAAAACAUGAUACAAUAAGAACAUUAAUAGUCAAGAACAGCUCAAGGACAGAACUACAUACAUUUAAAACGUCACACAGAUUACAAAUGAGUACAUACACACAAAAGAUCUAGGUCAAAUAGGGGAGAGGUGCUGUGCUAUGAGCUGUUCAUUAAUCUGUUUUUUUAAAAACAGGUUUGCUGUAAACUUGAGCAAUUUCAGAUGGAAGAGAGUUCCAGCUAAUCAUGGCUCUAUAUAAUACUGUACAUUUCUUGAAUUUGUUCUGGAUUUGGGGACCGUGAAAAGUUCCCUAGUGGCAUGUCUGGCAGGCUAAGUGUGUGUAUCAGAGCUGUGUGUAAGUUGACAAUGCAAAGGAUUUGGAAUUUAACACUGAUUGCAUCACCUUUUUUCAUAAGAAACAGUCUCUGCUGCACUUAGCCAAGAGAGACUGGUAUGUAUAUUGUUGAUAUUAGCCCUCUAAUUACAGUGAAGAGCAAGACAUUCCACUCUGUUCUGGGCCAGCUUCAGUUUUUCUAUGUCCUUUGCAGCACCUGACUGGGCAAUAAUCAAAAUAAGAUAAAACUAGAGCCUUUAUUUGCGGAGUGUGGUGUCAAAAAAGCCAAGCAUCUCUUUAUCAUGGACAGACCUCUCCCCAUCUUUACAACCACUCAAUGAAUAUGUUUUGUCCAUGACAGUUUACAAUCUUUUCCUGGUUAAAAAAAAUAUUUUUUAUAAUUCCAAGGUCACACCAUGUAAUUUAGUCUCCUCAACUUGCUCACCGGCCACAUUAUUCAUGAUCAGAUUCAGCUGAGGUAUAGAACUUAAAUGAUUUGAGGGAAUGAUUUUUCCCAAAUAUAAUGCUCUUAGUUUUAGAGAUGUUCAGUUCAGACUAGUUUAUUACUGGCCACCUAUUCUAAAACUGACUUCAACUCUUUGUUUAGGGUUGCAGUGAUUUCACUAGCUGUGGUUGCUGACACAUAUAGGGUUGAAUCAUCAGGGUACAGUCAGUAUACAGUGCAUUCGGAAAGUAUUCAGACCCCUUAAUUUUCCCCCACAUUUUCUUACGUUACAGCCUUAUUCUAAAAUUGAUUAAAUAGUUCCCCCCCCCCCCCCCUCAUCAAUUUACUCACAAUACCCCAUAAUGACGAAGCAAAAACUGUUUUUUUUUCAGAAAAAACGAAAAUAUCACAUUUACCUAAGUAUUUAGACCCUUUACUCAGUACUUUGUUGAAGCACCUUUAGCAGCAAUUACAGCCUUGAGUAUUCUUGGGCAUGACGCUACAAGCUUGGCACACCAGCUUUUGGGGAGUUUCUCCCAUUCUUCUCUGCAGAUCCUCUCAAGUUCUGUCAGGUUGGAUGGGGAGUGUCGCUACACAGCUAUUUUCAUGUCUCGAAGCCACUCCUGCUUUUUCUUGGCUGUACUUAAGGUCAUUGUCCUGUUGGAAGGUGAACCUUCGCCCCAGUCUAAGGUCCGGAGCGCUCUGGAGCAGGUUUUCAUCAAGGAACUCUCAGUACUUUGCUCCGUCAUCUUUCCCUCGAUCAUGACUAGUCUCCCAGUCCCUGCCUCUGAAAAACAUCUCCACAGCAUGAUGCUGCCAGCACGAUGCUGCCAGCACCAUGCUUCACCGUAUCGAAGGUGCCAGGUUUCCUCCAGACGUGAUGCUUGGUAUUCAGGCCAAAGAUUUCAAUCUUGGUUUCAUCUGACCAGAGAAUCUUAUUUCUCAUGGUCUGAGAGGCCUUUAGGUGCCUUUUGGAAAACUCCAAGCGGGCUGUCAUGUGCCUUUUACUGAGGAGUGGCUUCUGUCUGGCCACUCUACCAUAAAGGCCUGAUUGGUGGAGUGCUGCAGAGAUGGUUGUCUUUCUGGAAGGUUCUCUCAUCUCCACAGAGGAACUCUGGAGCUCUGACAGAGUGACUAUCGGAUUCUUGGUCACAUCCCUGACCAAGGACUUUCUCCCCCGAUUUCAGCCAGCUCUAGGAAGAGUCUUGGUGGUUCCAAAUUUCUUCAAUUUAAGAAUGAUGGAGGACACUGUGUUCUUGGGGACCUUCAAUGACCUUAAUUUUUUGGAACCCUUCCCCAGAUCUGUUCCUCAACACAAUCCUGUCUCGGAGCUCUACAGACUAUUCCUUCGACCUCAAGACUUGGUUCUUGCGCUGACAUGCACUUUCAAAUAUGGUACCUUAUAUAGACAGGUGUGUGGUUUUUCCCACCUUCUCAGCUUUAAUAUUGAGGAUAGAUUGUUGCUUCCAUCAAUGUAAUUGUCUGCAACAUUUCCAAUUCCCCAUAUAUUUUUGGGUAACAGACUUUUUUUGACUAUACCUUUAUUAUUCCCCGCAAACCCUACCACCCCUCCCCCAAUUGGAGUAAACUAAGAAACAAUAACACUUAGGCUUCUACCUUCAGUUUAUACAUAUUAUAUACAUAUCUAUUUUACAAUAGUUAUAUUUUGUUUGUUUUUAGUCCUUCCUCUAUUUCCGAUGUCCAUCCAGUUUGUAACUGUGCUAUUUAACAACAUUUCUGAACAUAUUUUACAGACCCGUAUGUUUUACAUUGGUUAUCUUAUUAGUCCCACCCUUCAGCUCCAUUCAACCCCUCCCAUCUAUCUCUUAACACCAUCCAUUUUGGAUUUCUAUUUGCCAUAUAUUUUUCAACUGUGCUGUGAUGCUUCACAAAAGUACUGAACCUUUUUAUUUUCAUAGCUACUACAGAUUGUAAAUUAAAGACAAAAAAAAUCUAAAAUAAUUAUUAUAUUAUUGAUCAAUUGACUAUGACUUUUCAAAUCACCCAGUAUUGCUAUCUGCAGCAUUAGUUCUAGGUAAAUGUUGCAAUUCUUCAGCCAUUCCUGGACCUGUGACCAAAAACAAGCUAAAUAUGGACAGUACCAAAAUAUAUUAUCUAAUGUCUCUUCCUCCUCGCAGCAGAAUCUGCAGAGCUGGGAAGAUUGUAUCCCCCAUAUAUAUAUAUAAUAUUAUAUUGGUUGCAAGAAUUCUGUAUAAUAAUUUAAAUAGAAAAAUUUGAAUUUGAAUUUUUGAAUCCGGCGUCGUUUUGCGUGUCAAUUCAUAUACCAUGUGCCAUGGAAUCGGUACAUCGAACAUCUCUUCCCAACUAUUUUGCGAUUUACAUGUUACAGAUGUAAAUUUUUUGGUCCUUAAAUUAAAUUGGUAUAUAUUUUUAUUUAUCACAAUUUUCUUUAACAAUUUGUGGUUUUUAAUGCAGGGCCUGACAGACAAGUUCCUUACUUUUCCCCCUUCCACUUGCCUCUUCCAUUUUUGUGGUAAUGAGGCAAUUAGUUGGUUGUAAUUUUGGGUAGAGCAGACAUUUCCAUAUGUCUGUGUUAGCUGCAUGUGUGACAUAACUCCACCAGUCCUAUUCAUGAUAUCAUUUGAAAAAAUUAUACAUUUUUUAAAGAUUUUAUUGAAAAAUAAGUUUAUAUUAAAAUUAGUAUAUUUGAGUUUUACCACAAAAUUUGUUAUAUUGAUUUUUCUGUCUUUUCAGGUGGAUUAAACUGAAAUUGCAAACAACUUCAAAUCAAAUUUUAUUUGUCACAUACACAUGGUUAGCAGAUGUUAAUGCGAGUGUAGCGAAAUGCUUGUGCUUCUAGUUCCGACCAUGCAGUAAUAUCUAACAAGUAAUCUAACAAUUUCACAACAACUACCUUAUACACACAAGUGUAAAGGAAUGAAUAAGAAUAUGUACAUAAAAAUAUAUGAAUGAGUGAUGGCCGAACGGCAUAGGCAGUAGAUGGUAUAGAGUACAGUAUAUACAUAUGAGAUGAGUAAUGUAGGGUAUGUAAACAUUAUAUAAAGUGGCAUUGUUUAUUAAAGUGGCUAGUGAUACAUUUAUUACAUACAUUUUUCCAUUGUUAAAGUGGCUAGAGUUGAGUCAGUAUGUUGGCAGCAGCCCCUCAAUGUUAGUGAUGGCUGUUUAACAGUCUGAUGGCCUUGAGAUAGAAGCUGUUUUUCAGUCUCUCGGUCCCCGCUUUGAUGCACCUGUACUGACCUUGCCUUUUGGAUGAUAGCGGGGUGAACAGGCAGUGGCUCGGGUGGUUGUUGUCCUUGAUGAUCUUUUUGGCCUUCCUGUGACAUCGGGUGGUGUAGGUGUCCUGGAGGGCAGGUAGUUUGCCCCCGGUGAUGCGUUGUGCAGACCUCACUACCCUCUGGAGAGUCUUGCGGCUGUGGGCGGAGCCGUACCAGGCGGUGAUACAGCCCGACAGGAUGCUCUCGAUUGUGCAUCUGUAAAAGUUUGUGAGGGUUUUUGGUGACAAGCCGAAUUUCUUCAGCCUCCUGAGGUUGAAGAGGUGCUGCUGCACCUUCUUCACCAUGCUGUCUGUGUGGGUGGACAAUUUCAGUUUGUCCGUGAUGUGUACGUCGAGGAACUUAAAACUUCCCACCUUUUCCACUACUGUCCCGUCGAUGUGGAUAGAGGGCUGCUCCCUCUGCUGUUUCAUGAAGUCCACGAUCAUCUCCUUAGUUUUGUUGACACUGAGUG